UUAUUAUGUAACCUCAAAAAUCAAAAUUAAAACAAUCAAAAUUAACUCUUUAUUCUAAAUCGUCAGCUUUUUCACUCAUGUAAUUUUUUGAUAACAUUUUUAGUUUCUUUCCGUGUUUGAAAAUUUCAAAAUGGAAAAAGCUGACAAGCUAAAAUUAGUUAGUAAUGCUGUCAAAACUUACCCAGAUUUCCCAAAGCCAGGAAUCUUGUUUCGAGAUAUUUUUGGCAUCUUUAAGAGUGUAGCUGCUACACGAGCAAUGCGAGAUUUAAUUAUAAGCCAUAUUGCAUUCAUGAACUUCGAUUUUGUUGUUGGAUUGGAUUCAAGAGGCUUUUUACUGGGUCCUCUUCUUAGUUUUGAAUUAGCAAAACCAUUUGUUCCUAUUAGAAAGAAAGGAAAACUUCCAGGAAAAGUCUAUCAACAGAAUUAUACUUUAGAAUAUGGAGAGGAUAUAUUUGAGAUGCAGGCUGAUGCAGUACAUCGAAAUAAUAACAAGGCUAUUAUUGUGGAUGAUUUACUAGCUACUGGAGGAUCAAUGUCAGCUGCAGAAAAGUUAUUAAAAUCAGCUGGUGUAAAAAUUGUAGAAUGUUUGGUCAUCAUAGAACUCAAGUCUUUGAAAGGACGCUCAAAAAUUGAAGCCCCAAUUCAUUCUUUAUUGCAAUAUGAUUAAAUUAUACACAUUGUUACAACAAUCAAAUAACAAAAAAAAAGCAAAAAGUUGUAGUUCAAAUGUUAACAUAAAGUUUAUAUAUUUUUAUAAAUUGUAUAUUAUAAAUAUUCAAAAAUAGUAUAUACUAUCUUGUAAAUCUGCUAAUCUGUCUU